AGGGGCUGGAGGCCUUGGUGGUGGGGGCGGAUGGGCGGAUGAGUUGGGGCCGCUGGGCUGGGAUCCGAGCCCGGCCAAGAGACUGCAGCUGUAAGGGUCACGGCACUUGGACGGCCGGGCCGACGGGGCCUGGCGCUUGAAGGCCCCGGCUGCAGCGGAUUCUCGGGAGGUGCCGCUGCGCGGGGAUGGACCCGGGUGAGCCCCGCCAGCGCAGGGCGACCUAGGGACGGGUGAGGAUGUUCUGGACCUUCAGGGGCAUGCUCGUCCGGGUUAGUUGAGGUUCCGGGCUUGAUUCGUGAAGGAUCCGGGCGUGCACAUCUAUGUGUCUCACCUCAGAGACCGCUCUCUCCUGUGUGCGGCAUUAUGCCCCCAGAAGCAAUCUUUGCUUGGAGGCCAGGCCGACUGCUUUUCUCUUAUGACAGGUGCUCGAUCGGUUUGUCCUCUCAGCGAGUCAGUCCUCGCGAGAUUACCCUAAGGUACAGCCAGAUCGAGGAUAGUCAUCCGGGGUUUCCCAGGGACCUGUCUCUUAAGGACUUGUUCGGGGUUCUGCAGCCUUUCUGCUCCCUACCCCUUGUCCCGUGCUAUAACUCUGGGCAAGUGUAGGUCUUAGUUUUCCAAUCGGUUACAGGGUGAAGGCUGUAAUGUGGUUCUGAGGGUAAGGUGACUGUGUGUAUCAGGAAUCCUUCAACCUCAGGGGUCUUUUGCGUGGAAUGCUUUGACGGCCUCUGCCUGGAUCUUUUAGAAUUCUGUGAAUUUAAGACUUGGUGGUUGGUCUCUGUGCAAUGAUUGCUCAGUGAAGUUGGGAUUCCCAAAUAGGAGGCAAAGACUACAGACGGUGACAGUUACUUUUCCUCGGGGAUUUCUGUGCCUGGUUAUAUCCUAGAAAACCGUUAUCUCUAGCCCGGUGGUGGUGGCGCACGCUUUUAAUCCCAGCACUUGGGAGGCAGAGGCAGGUGGAUCUCUGUGAGUUCAAGGCCAGCCUGGUCUACAAGAGCUAGUUCCAGGACAGGCACUAAACUUAAUGACCUUGAUCUCAUAGGCUGCACAGCAUCUGUGCUCAGGAUCCUUUUUGGAAAACUAAUCCUGGCACUAGAAGUUGUGCUUAGAUUUCCUUAAAUCCAGGGACAUGCCUGUUGUAUUGAUGGGAAGAGAGGCCCGGGGUUUAUUUUACUUUAAAAUAUUUACUUUCCCUUAGUUUCGUACGUCUAUGUCUGAGUGUAUGUGCAUGCACCACGUGCAUAAGGAGCCCUGUGAGACCAGGAGAGGGCAUCCCCAUCAGGUCCCUUGGAACUGGAGUUUUAGGUGGCCAUGACACACCACGUGGGUUCCGGAAACCAAACCUGGGUCUUUUGCAAGAUCAGUAAAAUGCUCUUAACCCUUGAGCCAUUUCUCUACCCCCAAUCUUACAAACAAACGAACAAACACCCAAACCUGUUAAAACUCAAGCAUUGGGCCAGCCAGCCAGUCGUCUCUAGGGAUCGUCCUGUUUUCUGCUGACUCCAAUUCUGGCUGUUUUUACACAGGUUCUGGGAUCUGAAGUUUGGUCCUCACUUUUGUUUGGCAAGCAUCAUACAAAGUUAUCCCCCAGUCCCUCCCUCCCUUUUAUUUUUGAAGAUAGGGUGCUAUUGUGUAUGGAUAAAUAGAUUAGGUGGACCUUGAACUCACCAAGAUCCGCAGGCCUCUUGUUUCCCUUGGUGCUGAAAUUGAAGGUGUACAACUAACUCCAUGCCUAAUAAAUGUUUAUUUAUUUAUUGUGGUUUUUCAAAGCAGGUUUCUCUGUAGCUUUGGAGCCUGUCCUGGAACUCACUCUGUAGACCAGGCUGGCCUCGAACUCACAGAGAUCUGCCCGUCUCUGCCUCACAAAUGCUGGAAUUAAAGGGGUGCACCACCACCUCCCACCUUUUUUAAUGUGCCUUGGUGUUUGUUUGCAUGUAUGUCUGUGUGAGGGGCUUGGGUCCCCAGGAACUGGAAUUACAGACAGUUGUGAGCUGCCACGUGGGUGCUGGGAAUUGAACCCUGGAAGAGCAGCCAGUGCUCUUAACAACUGAGCCAUCCCUCCAGUGCCUUAUUUCACUCUUGAGGAAGGAUUCCUGAGUCACAUCUGUGACUUGAGAGACCUAAAGUGUCGAUGCUGGGCCCCGCAGAGCAGCAGCUGUUUCCAGAAGACCACACGUGAAAGAGCAGGUGGCUGUCUGCCCAGCCCAGCGCCAUGCACACGCUUGUGUUCCUCAGCACACGGCAGGUGCUUCAGCGCCAGCCAGCUGCCUGCCAAGCCCUGCCCCUGCUGCCCCGGGAGCUCUUCCCCCUGCUGUUCAAGGUGGCCUUCAUGGACAAGAAGACGGUUGUGCUGCGGGAGCUGGUGCACACAUGGCCCUUCCCACUGCUGAGCUUCCAGCAGCUGCUGCAGGAGUGUGCCCACUGCAGCCGCACCCUGCUGCAGGAGUGUGCCCACUGCAGCCGCACCCUACUGCAGGAGCGGCUCAGCACAGAAAGCGUGCAGGCUGUGAUCUUGGGGUUGACCGCCCGGCUUCACACUCCAGGAAGGGAGGCUGGCACGCAGCCCCUUUGCAGGAAACAAGCAUUGCGGGUACUGGAUAUGACUGGUCUUCUGGAUGAUGGCGUGGAACAGGAUCCUGGAACCAUGAGCAUGUGGGACUGCACAGCCGCUGUCGCCAGAACGUGCAUUGCCCAGCAGCAGGGCGGGACUGCUGAGCCAGGGCUGUCCCCGGUCUCCGUGGAAGUUCGUGUAGACCUUCGGGUGAACCGGGCUUCCUACACAUUCCUUCGUGAGGCACUUCAAAGUAGUGUGGACAGCCCCCUGCGGCUCUGCUGCCGGGACCUCCGGGCUGAGGAUCUGCCCAUGCGCAACACUGUAGCCCUGCUGCAGCUUCUAGAUGCGGGCUGUCUGCGCCGGAUAGACCUGCGGUUCAAUAACUUGGGCUUGCGAGGCCUGUCUGUCAUUAUCCCACACGUGGCCCGCUUUCAGCACCUAGCCAGCCUGAGGCUGCACUAUGUGCAUGGGGACUCGAGGCAGCCUUCUGUGGAUGGUGAGGACAACUUUCGCUACUUUCUGGCGCAGAUGGGCCGCUUUAUCUGCCUUCGGGAGCUCAGCAUGGGCUCCUCUCUCCUUUCAGGCCGGCUGGAACAGCUGCUCAGCACCCUGCAGAGCCCCCUGGAGAGCCUAGAGCUGUCCUUCUGCGCACUGCUGCCCGAGGACCUGCGCUUCUUGGCUCAGAGCCCUCAUGCUGCCCACCUCAAGAAGCUGGAUCUCAGUGGCAACGACUUGUCGGGCAACCAGUUGAUCCCCUUCCAGGGUCUGCUGCAGGCCGCCGCAGCCACAUUGCUGCAUCUCGAGCUGACUGAGUGUCAGCUUGCAGAUGCCCAGCUGUUGGCCACACUGCCCACCCUGACUCGAUGUGCCAGUCUGCGCUACCUUGGUCUCUAUGGCAACCCUUUGUCUAUGGCUGGACUUAAAGAGCUGCUCCGUGACUCUGUGGUACAGGCCGAGCUGCGCACUGUGGUGCACCCCUUCCCUGUGGAUUGCUAUGAAGGCCUUCCUUGGCCACCACCCGUCUCUGUCCUUCUGGAAGCCUCCAUCAAUGAGGAGAAGUUUGCCCGUGUAGAAGCUGAGUUGCACCAGCUGCUGUUAGCUUCAGGCCGUGCCCAUGUACUCUGGACCACUGACAUCUACGGGCGCCUGGCUGCAGACUAUUUCCGCCUGUGAUCGCUAGGGUCUUGAGGGGCAGGUCAAGCCCUGUGAGACUCUGCUGGAGGCCUGACUCAGAGGCUUUCCUAGGCCACUGGCUGUACCUCCAGUCUCCAUGCUUUGUAUCUGCUCCCAGUAGCUGGCUGACUGUUGCUAUCUCAGGACGGCACUCCCCUACUCCGAAUACUCCCCUACUCCAAACGCCUGGGAUGCUCCCUCUGCAGAAAACAGCAGUCCCUGGGCACAUCCCGUACCCUUAAGAGUGCAGCGCACUGGGGUGGAGGUUAGGAUGGUCGACUUCAGGUAGUAGUCUUGGGCCUUAUGCUGCACAUCCCACCUGGCAUCUGAGGCACCCUAUUACCUGGUCUGUAGAGUGUGAGCAAGGUACAAACGUUCAGUAUCUGGAACUUGAA